CUUUCACUUUCGUCCCUACAGUAUGUCGCAGCAAGAAUUAAAGGAGGCCUGGUUAUCAUAUGGACCAAUCACAGCUUGUAACUGCCACUAUAACUUAAAUAAUUGGAUGGCAUCGGCUGGACUCUCCCUUAUCGUUUGUUGAAAAACCUGCGGCAGACCGCCAGAGACAACAGCAUCGAAUUCAGCAGUUGGUGUCCAGUGGAAUCAGUCUCUGAUGUGUCCUGCAGAGUGACAUUAUGGAGACAGCAGCAACAGUGUCUGAGCUGAGGGUUGUUCUGCUGGGGAACAGCUGGUGUGAGAGGAGUUCAGUGGGGAACUACAUACUAGGAAAGACUGUGUUUGACACUGAAGAAGAACCGGACCGCUGUCUGAAAGUCAGUAGGCAGUUGAAAGGAAAAGAGAUAGUUCUCAUCAACACCCCAGAUCUGCUGCACGCCAACAUCUCUGAAAACAAACUGACAGAGUAUGUGAACGACUGUGUGAGCCUCUCUGAUCCUGGACCUCAUGUGUUCCUGCUGCUUCUACAGCCUGAAGAGUUCACUGAGGAUUACAAACUGAGACUUUGCAGAGUCUUGGAACUCUUUGGUGAUCAAUCUUUUGAUCAUGCACUGAUUCUGAUAUCACCACCCACAGAGGAGAGUUCAGGUGUCAUGGAUUUUAUGCAGCAUCCACUCUUAAAAGACAUGAUUGCAAAGUGUAGAAACAGAUAUUUGAGGCAGAACAUUGACAUUGACCAGUCAGAGCUGUUAACACGUCUGGGUCAAACUACAAAGGAGAUCUUUGGACACCAUGAAGGCAAUGAAUUUUAUGUUGAGGAUGUAGGUUUGAUCAUGAUAAAGUGUGAAUGCAUCAAAGUAGCUUUAAACCUGGUUCUGUGUGGGAGGCGAGGAGCAGGGAAGACUUCAGCAGCCAAGGCCAUUUUAGGUCAGACAGAGCUCCAUUCAGCCUCCAACUCAUCAGAGUGUGUUAAACAUCAGGGAGAGGUGUGUGGACGCCGGGUUUCCCUGGUGCAGCUGCCUGCCUUGUGCGGAAGACCUCAGCAGGAAGUGAUGGAGGAAUCAUUCAGGUGCAUCUCCCUUUGUGAUCCUGAGGGCGUCCAUGCCUUCGUCCUGGUCCUACCUGUGGGUCCCCUCACUGAUGAAGACAAGGGAGAGUUAGAGACCAUCCAGAACACAUUCAGCUCUCAAGUCAACGACUUCACCAUGAUUCUGUUCACCGUGGAGACAGAUCCCACAGCUCCAGCGGUCGUUGACUUUAUACAGGAAAACAAAGACAUCCAGGAGCUCUGUCAGAGCUGUGGAGAAAGAUAUGCUGUUCUCAACAUCAAGGACCAGCAGCAGAUCCCAGAGCUGUUGGAUGCUGUGGAACAGACGAGAGUUGAAGGAUCCAGGUGCUUCACGAUGACGAUGUUCACUAAGGCUCAGAUGAAGAAGGUUGAAGAGCUGGAUAACGCUAACAGAACACUUAAAGCAAGAAAGAAAAGUGAGAUGGGAGAAGAUGACGAAAGAGAGCGUCUCAGGAUGGUACUGAUCGGGAAGGCUGUCGGUGUGAAGAGUACAAUUGGAAACACCAUUUUGGGUGAAGAACAUUUCCCCCAGAAGUGUGUGACCACCAUGUGCCAGAGAGCAACAGGAGAGAUUCAUGGACGAUCUGUCGCUGUGGUCAACACACCUAGCUUGUUUGACACACCUCUGUCUGAUGAUGAGCUCCGACGAGAGGUUAGAAAAUGCCUCAGCAUAUUGGCUCCUGGACCUCAUGUGUUCUUACUGGUGCUGCAGAUUGGAAACCUUACACAAGAGGAAAAACACUCAGUGGAACUGAUCAAGAAAUAUUUUGGCAAGAAGUCUCAAGAUUCCAUCAUCAUUAUACUCACCAGAGGAGAGGAACCUGAAGAUAAGUUAUCUGAGAGUUAUGCCGACGUCUGUGGUGGCUUUGUCAAAAAACUCAUCAAUGACUGUCGAGGGAGGUACCAGGUCUUCAACGAAGGUGACACAGAGGGCACGCAGGUCAGGGAGCUGCUGACCAAGAUCGAGACCAUGGAGAAGGAAAAUGGCGGCUGCUGCUACACCGAGGGAUACACAGCAAAACAAGUGGAGAGGAUUUUGAAGGAGAAAGAAGAAGAAAGGAAGAGAAAGGAGGAGAACCUGCAAAGAAAACACGAAGAUGACAUGAAAACACUGGAGCGCAAAAUGAAAGAAGAGGAGAGAAAGCUGGGGGAAAAACAGCUGAAGGAGAAGGACCAAAGCAUCAACAAGGAGCGUGAGAAGAGAAAGCAAGAACGGGAGGAAGAUGAAAGGGGACGGAAGAAACAGGAAGACACUACGCGACAGGAAUGGAAAAGAAAACUGGAUGCGUUAGAGGGAAAGGUUCAGUAUGAAAGAGAGCAAAAUGAAACGUAUGCAAAGAAACUGGAGCAGAUUAGAAGAGAGGUCAAGAGAGAUCAAGAGUCCUGGAAUAGGGAGCGAAAGGACACCUGGGAACGAAUACAUGAAGAGGAUAAACAGAGCCUGGAGGAGUGGAAGGUCAACUACAGGAAUCUGCAAGAGGAGUACCAUUAUAAGAGAAGAAAAUACACAUACUGCAUAGUGGUGCUGAUGUUGUCUCUAUCGUAUUUAUUAUCUUAUAUAUUUCUCAGUUAGGAAUACCCAUGCAUACACACUACAGACUUGUAAUGGACAUUCCUACAUUGGCCAUGCCAUCAGUAGCAGCUUGGGGUUGAGUAUUCUGCCAAAGCAUACAUCCACAUGAUGACUGCAGCUGCGAACCCACAACCUUCCGUUUGAAAGAAGACCGCACUACCUCACAGCCAGACUCUUCCCGGUGAGAAAAACUCUAUGGCUGAAGUGUUAGUCGGUCUGGAUACACACACAGAGACACGUAGCAGAGUUGGCCUCAUAUCUAAUAUAAUAAUAAUAUAGUCCACACAUUUAAGAGUAGGUUAAAGACUUUCCUCUUUAGUACAGCAUACAGUUAAGACUGGUUUUAAACCCCCUUUCAUACAUCCUCAUGGACCCUUCGUUUUAUGGAAUUGUAUUGUACUCUAACUGUAUUUGUGUCAUUGUGUUAUGUUCCUUUUUAAAUUAUGUUUGUUGUUUUUACAUUGUUUUACAUUGCCAAUUUUGUUUGUUGACUUGUGAGACAAAUAGGAUUUGUGAUUUUGGGUUAUAUAAAUAAACUUGAAUUUAAUUUAAUUUAAUUUAAUUUCAUUGAAUAAUAUCCAUCUGUGUGUUCUGAAGAAUCACAGCAGAGUUGGUAGUCCAGGGAGGCUGGCACGCAUAUAUUUUGUUUUACUUUAAUGUAACAUAAUCAUUUAAAGGGGUCCUAUUAUGCUUUUAUGCCUGAAAUGCCUCGAUUGUACUCCUUUGUUUACGUAACAUUCCCGCUACUAUUGGCUGGUUCUUCAACAUAUUGUUUGUGAUGCUAAGGGGCGGGACAUCUCUAAGCGGAUGACCAAUUACAACAGAGUUAACCAAUCAGAGCAGACUUGCCUCUGGUUUCAGACAGAGGGUGAAAAGAGGUGCUGCAGCACAGGCAGUAUGAGAAAAAGAAAGACCUUUUUAAGCAUUAAAGCACUAAUGCAACCGUUUUGGUUUUAACUUGAAAGGACAUCUUCGAUAACAUUACCAGUGAAGAUCAAAGUUGCGGGAGGCUUACUUUUAAAAUGUAUUCUGUUGACUAGUUACCUGUAAAAAAUGUAAUCUGACUAUCAACAUGUACAAUUAUUGUAACCUAAUUACGUAUUGUUGUUUUUGGAUAACCUCACUAUUGAAUGUAAUUAUAAUAAAUACAUGAGAAAAUAAA